CCUGGUCGUCAUGGCAAUGAAGCUCGCUAACGCUGGGUGUCCCUGAAGGCCAGCUUUCUAGAAAGCAGGGGACGAUGGCGCAGAACUUGUAUGGUCCUGGAGUCCGGAUGGGCAACUGGAACGAAGACGUCUACCUGGAGGAGGAGCGCAUGAAAGACUUCUUAGAGAAAAGGGAGAAGGGAGAACUUCUUAUUCAGAGAAACAGAAGGUGGAAAAAGAAUUUCUUGAGACCGGUGCAGCUUUCGGUAUCUGAAGAUGGAUAUGCCCACUAUGGCAAUAAUGUGAUGCUUGUGAACCCUAACCACGCCCGGGGGGAGGAAGCUGGUGUGUUUCAGGAAGGAGACCUGUGCCUGUGCAUGAGCCCAGAUGAAGUUAAGUCGCAGCUGCAUGAUGAAUUAGAAAUACCCUGCGGCGUGAGUGCUGUUCAGACCAUGGUCCCAAUGAGCAGGAACUCCUUCAUCAUUCUGAGUGAGAACACAAGCAACAAUGAAACGGGUCAAGUCCUUCGGUACGGGCAGAGCUUCUGCCUCGGGAUAGUGGCAGGACUGGAACGCAAGAUGCUGUAUUUAUCAAGUGACCACAGGAGCCAUCUGAAAUCUUCUAAAAAGUCCUGGCUCCAGGAGGUGACUCUGACGGAUGAGGUCUCCCAUCUGAACUGCUGGCAGGCUGCCUUCCUUGACCCCCAACUGCGCCUGGAAUAUGAAGGCUUCCCAGUCAGGGCAAAUGAAAAAAUUGUCAUCUAUCAUCGCCACACCAACCGAGCCCUGGCAGUCCACCGUCAUCUCUCCCUAAGGACCUAUUUUGGGAAGGAAAUUGAGGUUGCAGCUCACACACAUCUGGAUUCACACAAAGUUGAAAAACCCAAGAACCACUGGAUGCUAGUUACCAGAAAUCCCAGAGACAAGUCAACCACCAUGCUGGAUGUCCCCAAGCCUACCGCAGAGGAUACCUGUGCUGUGGAACAGGCCAUGGGCAUUAACACGUCAUGACACACCAGGCAUA